UCGAUGCAUGCACAAAGAAAGGCUCGCAGUUUUGCUUGCGUUGCGUGAAACAGCAAAACCUAUUUGCCAGCUUCAAACAGAACAGAUGAGAAUCUGGCCGUAUUGCAUUACAACAUUUUGUGCUGUUCACACAGCACAUGCGACUCUAUAGAACUGUUUACAAACACGGUGUACCUAAAGUUACACACUUUUUAAGCCCGAGUCAAUCCAACCAACUCGUUUUAGUGUGUAUCUAUCCAGUUUUAGUUAUCAUUUUGCCAUUUGCGUGUGCUCACUACUUGCAAUUUAGCAGCUUUUAAACGGAACUGCUCGGCCUUAUUUUGUGCAUUUUUAUUUUAAAAAAUCAAUUGUUUUCAAAAAUCUUUUACGAAAGCGUGAUCUGAUCUUCUUGCAAAACGCAAGUUGAAGGUCGCCACAAUAAGACUGAAGAAAGAAAGAGUCGUAGUUUUUCUGCAUCUGCUGCGCAUGCAAAAAAGUCAAUGUCGACAUAAUUUUAAUUUAUGAUACGACAUGAAAAGGAAGAAUAAAGUAUUAAAAAAUCAAUACUCGAGUCGAGUUAACAAAGAGCUUUAAAAUCGAUUUAAGCAUAGCGAGAUUAAAGUACACACUAUUUAUUUGUGUCACCACAUUAAUCGUGCAAUUUUAUUGGAUGUGACGGUGUAAAAAAUUGAGUGAUUUCUGCACAGGAAAUUGUCAACGAGUUAAAUAUUUCAUUCGAAUUGAAUGAAAAUGUGUGAAAAGAGUUCUCAAUAUUGGAGAUUGGCCAAGUUGAAAUUUUCUGAGGGAUUGAGCUAAAAAAAUAUCUCCACUAAAAAGAAAAGGUACGGAGUUAUGCAUCUCUCAAAAAUUUGAAUGUCACCUUCAUCCUGGGAACUUCAAGAAUGCAGAUUUGUUCUCAUUUUCCUCGUUGAUGGCUUACUGACUGGACUCAAAGAACGCUUAAGAAGAUAACGGGAACUCCAACUCUUUGUUUGCAGGAGACGCCACGCCAAGCCCAGCCACGCGUCUCUCUCUCGUUUCUGCACAUUAUUUACAAAUAAAAGUCAUUUCCAAUCUGAACCUGGACCGGAGAAGAAGAGAGACUUCCCAGAAAUAAUUCCUUCUCCAAGUUUUAGCAGAUCAAUUGCAAGAUUUUUUUUUGAAAGUGGUUUAAAUGCCACUUUUCCGGUUUCAUUUGUGGAGACAUCAUCCUUGACACAAUUCCGGCUUCGACUUCAUCUUUAAUGAUCCGUCGCCUCACCGUAACACGAACAUCAACCUAUUUACACAGUACGGAACACCGAGCCAAGAAAUACACAAGAUAAUCUAGCAAGAUGCCCUCUCUGCUAGAUGCGAUCGAGGCCAAGUACGGACAGGACGGGAGUGAUUGCGAAGCUCCGAUAGGAAUCUACGUUCCGAGAUAUGGACCACGGAAAUCCAUCCCGAGGUUGCUGGUAUUGAACGAUUGUGGCGUGGAUUCGGCCGGGGAUGAGGAAUCACUGGAGAAAAACUGCUCCGGAGUGAUUGAAAUCGACCUGGCCCACAAUCGGUUGACUCAAUGGAGUGAAAUAUCCAAAAUUUUGCAAUAUUCACCCUCCGUCUCCUUCCUCAACUUGAGCUUCAACCACCUCAGCUCACCAUUGAUGUCGUCAUGUGUCGAAAACUCGUUCCGGUUCCCGCUCCUCCCCCGACUCUCAAUUCUCAUCCUUAUCGGAACGAACAUUUCGUGGGAUGCGAUAUGGUUCAUUUUGCGACAUGCCAACACCCUCCAAGAAUUCCACCUUUCUCUCAACAACUUUUCCAGCGUGGAUAUUUCGAAGCUGAAAAAGUCGUUUCAGGGUCGAAAGGCUGAGAUCUCCGCCAGUAUUAUGACUUCCGGUGAGGAGGACUCGAACAGUGGCAGCCCACCGAUUUCUGCUACUGCUGACCGCUUUCUCUCGGCCCAGGUCGGUCUACCGCAUCGACAUCGGGUCGACAGCACUGACAGUGGGCAUGGAAGUUCAGGAUCUGGGUCGUCCAGUGAUGAGGAUGACAGUUGCUUAUUCCCGUACUUGAGGAGGCUUAUGUUUGAUGGGAACCCGAUCACUUGUUGGGGAGAAGUUUCUAAACUUGGAUCAUGCUUCCCAUCACUGCGUCACUUGGGUCUUGCGGACUGUCAAAUAGACUCAAUUCCAGAAAGUGCUUAUCAAAACUUUGAAAAUUUGCAAAGUCUUACCAUUUCAAAUACCUCGAUAAAAGAAAUGACUGACAUUGCGAGGUUGAAAAAAUUCAAUACCUUGACUGAUCUCAGACUUCAAGGAAUUCCUUUGUUCGACAACAUGACCGCGCACGAACGAAGGCAAUUGUUGGUUGCUCUUCUCCCAAAUGUGAGAAAAUUGAAUGGAGGUGCCCCCAUCUCCAAUACUGAACGCGAAGAUGCAGAAAGAGCCUUCAUCCGGAAAUAUAUUCAGGAAGAGGGAGAAAAACCGGAGAGAUAUUACGAGCUCGUCGCAAUUCAUGGAGAAUUACAGCCACUCUUGGACGUCAAAUUUAAGCCGGCCACACGUAUCAAACUCCGCGUUUGCUAUGCGGAUAACAUUUUUGAGAGGCAUAUUAACGUGUAUCAGACAACAAACGAGUUAAAGACAAGUCUGGAACAAGAAGUUGGCUUUCCUGCGGUAAAAAUGCGUCUGUUUUACAUUGAUGCAGAAAUGCGUGAAGUAGUUGGGCGUGAAGAAAUGCGAUUUCCCCAAAAGCAACUUUAUUCAUACAACAUGCAAGACGGAGAUGAGAUUCACGUGGAACGGAAGCAGUCUCCGGUACAAAUCCAAAGCUCAAACAAUCGCAAUUCAACAAUGUCCAGUUCAAUUUAAGGGUCGACUUUUCGUUUAAAAUCCAUAAUUAUAAUUAUGUUCAGUUAGUUAUUUAAAAAAUCAUGUUCAAGUUGAUGAGUGCUAAAUUCAAUAGUCUUUCACUUCACCAGCUUUAAUCUGCUUUCUAUAAAUUUGUGAUUCGUCUUGGUAGUCAGUUUACGCAUGCUUUAUGUUGGUAAAAGAUUUAAUAAUUAUGACUUCUAAUAAUUGUUAUGUAUUUCAUUAUGUAUCUUGGUGUGAUUUUACUUAUUUAGAAUACCUUGUGUAGUUUAGAAAAGAUCCCAAUAGCACGACAUUUAACGCAUGUAUACCGGUUUUAUCGCAAAUCGCAAUCAUCUUCAAAGUAUUUUAAGAAAUUCGCUCGUAACAGGUUAAUCGUAAUAAUUUUGUUUUCAAAAUCGCAGUAUAUUUCACUUGUAAAUAUGUCGAAUACUUAUCGAUCAUCCUAUCAUUAAUAUUAAUUGAUAAUCCAUCGGUUGAGGGGAAAUUCUAUCUACUACAAAUUUUCCAAAUACGUAAUCAGUACCUUUAAAAAUGAUGUGAAUACAAACCAGUUAGAUUUUAACCCACUGGAGUCCUUAUACAUAAUUACAUUACGAAUUGUGUUACUGUAAUAAUGUGACUAUUACAACUCUAGCUGUCAACCCAAAGUACUCUCUGUAAAUUGAAAUGCACAUAUAUAUUUACAAUUAGAUUAUACUUUUAGUUUGAAUUCAGGGUAGGACGGAAGUUUUUUGAUUCAAGGAAAUUAUAGCCAUAAUUAAGACUUGACAUCCAUCGUAAAAUAAUCGAGUGAGAAAUUCGGUGGAAUAUUACAUAAUAUUGAUGUUGUAAAUAUUAAUAGGAAUUUAUUUUUUGGGUUGAAUUAACCCAAAAACGCACUGUUGUUAUUCGAGUUUGUGUUUAUGAAUUGUUGACUAACAAUUAUUACAUGUACUGAAGUUUAGCCAUAUGAAAAUCAAAUGUACUAAUUGGCAAUGAGUAAUGAACUGAAAUUAAAUAAAUACAAUCAUACAAAUCGAAACAAAA